UAUUCUGACUGUUUAAGUUGCUUUCUCUUAAAGAUCCAUGAGACCAUUGAGACCAUCAAUCAGCUGAAGACCCAGAGAGAGUUCAUGCUGAGCUUCGCCAGAGACCCACAGGGCUUCAUCAAUGACUGGCUGCAGUCUCAGUGCAGAGACCUCAAGACGAUGACUGAUGUGGUGGGAAACCCAGAAGAGGAGCGUCGUGCAGAUUUCUACUUCCAGCCCUGGGCUCAGGAGGCUGUGUGCCGGUACUUCUACUCUAAGGUCCAGCAGAGGAGACAGGAGCUGGAACAGGCUCUGGGCAUCAGGAACACAUAAACGGCCUCCCGACCCGCUCACCUGCCUGCGCCUCUGGCAGCCAUGUUUGAUGCAGGGCAGUGAUGUCUGGGGUUCCAGGCACUUGCCUCAUUGCAUCGCAGUUGCCCAUAAUCCACCCUGGGCUUCUCCUGCCCUGAAGCGUGCAGGGUGGUUAUCACGGUUCCUCAGACUGUUCCCAUGAUUUGCUCAUCUGUGUGGAUGUGUGUUCAGUGCUGUAAAGGCUUUUUCCCUCCCGUGCUGACUCAGCCGGUGGGGGGCGGUUAUGAAGUCGGCCUAUUUUAAUCGCAGUGGUGCGUGCGCGUGUGAGUGUUGUGAGUGUGUUGAGGUGACUGCUCUGAAGAUGGACAUUCUUUACAUUUCAUAGUGGGGAAAAUGUACGUCACAUACACACUAAUUCCACAGUACUAUGAAAAAAGCUUUCCAUUUGAUAUCCCUGACAUAUGAGUUAACUCAUAUCUAAACACUAUGAAUUGUAUUCCUAAAGGUGUUUGCCUUAUCCCAGCUCUGCUAACCAGAUCUAAAAACCUUUAAUUUUUUUUUUUAAACCCCCCCUCCUUAAAGCAAGAUUGUUAGAAUAUGUUAAUGGGCCUUUUUAUAAUUAUCUUUUGUGAAGAGGUUAGCUUUUCAUGUAGGUCUUGUGUUCUCAUUAAAUGAACUAUAUAAAAGUACAGUAGUCUUGUACAUUAGGCAUAGAAAAUUCUAGAGGAAGUAGCUAUGGUUGUAAAUAUUAAUAGAAGCAGACUAUAGGAGGAGCUAGCAACGCAGAAAAGAAAGUGCAUUGAUCAACACAGCAGCCAGUGGCCCAGCUAGAUUAUCAGUCAACACUCAGGUAGUCUAUUCCACCGGUCUGUCUUUUAUUUCCCAAUUAGAAUAUACAACUCAAACAGUUCAGCAGUCAUGGUCUCUGGUGCAUACUUCAGCCAGUGUACUUGCUGCAGUAUACCAUCAGAUGGAUAUAUCAGCCUCUGUACCUGCUGUAGGCUACUCUCAGAUGCAUACAGGUAACCUCUCUGUCGGAUGUAGUGUGCCCUGAGAUACAUACUUCAGAUGCUGUAGCAUUCCUACCCAGAUGGCUGAGUUUAGGUCAGAUGCGUUCCUUAUCUGGAACUGAUCCAUGUCAGAUCCGUUCUACACUGGGCUGUAUCCAGGGUAGUUGCUGUUGUAUACUCGGCGUGGGUUCCUGCCCUCUGAUACCUACUGCAGUAGCCGCGCAUUGGCAACGUGUGAAGGAUGAAACGGGUUUGCCGGUUUGGUUGCUACUGAGUGGAUCAUGCAAUGCUCUAGUGAUGUAGAACCAUAGCUUCUACGUUACUUAAAAUAUGUAUAGAAGUGGCAAAUUCAUUUUCUAUUUUUGAUUCUUUUUGUUGUUAAAUAUAUAAACAUUUGUAAUGAUUAUUUGUUGUCUUUGACAUGGCAUUGUUUUGACACUUUUUUUUUUUGCCCUUUUUGGCUAAUAGGAGAUUGUAUGUCUUGGAUAUCCAGGUUUGAGAUCUCUGUUAACCUUUUUCUUUCAUGGACCAAACACGUCAUUAUUUCUGUAUCCCUUUGUCUAAAUAAAGAUGAACUUGUAUUGAUGCCAAA